AUGGAUGCUAAGUUCUGGCCGAUUUUUGGACGUGCAACAAAACCAAUUACGUCGGAACCUUUUGUUAUUGGUCUUUACCUUGGAGAUAAAAAGCCUGUUGAUGUUAAUGAAUUCUUAAAGGAUUUCAUUGAGGAAAUGGUACAGAUUCAAGAAGCACCAUUGCGGGUGCCUGAUCUUGACACUGAGUUUGAUGUUUCUAUUUCAUGUGUUAUAUGCGACACACCUGCUCGCGCUUAUGUUAAAAAGGUCAAAGGUCAUUCUGGCUAUUAUGGAUGUGACAAGUGUUGUCAAAAAGGUCUGCGGAUAGAAAAUCGGAUAACUUUUCCUGAGACAAAAGCAACGGAAAGAACGGAUAUUCAGUUUGAUGAAAUGGAGGACACAUUGCAUAUUUUGGGUGAUUCCACAUUGAAAAUUCUUGGCAUAGAGAAUGGUCUCAAAGUUUUCUAUUUGAUUUCAUGCAUCUUGUAUGUCUUGGCGUUGUUAAACGCUUGCUUGGCAUAUGGGUCAAAGGUCCAAUUGGCAGCCGUCGACUUGCGCCAUCUGGCAAUCGUCGGAUUUCUGAUCAUUUGCUGA